CCAGUCUGAGCCUUGCAUCCAGGUGAACUUAUCAUGCUCAUCAACGUAACUGAAUCUCCCUUGGAUGUGUAUGAAAAUGUGAAAUAAAUUAAGCAUGGAUAUAGUUUUCCGCACACAAGGUCUAACUUGGAUGAUUCCACCAAUUCAAAUGUUGGAUCUGAUAUCCCCAUUCUGCUCUGAUUCUAUCUUAGCUAGUCACUGAUGAAAUGCAACGUUGAAUCAGUGCUGAUAAUCAUUAGAGUUGGUUGUAUAGGUGGUCUGCGCAUUCAGAAUAAGUUAUAUAGGCUUAAAAGGCUGUCGUUUUAAAUUACAUUGUUUUCGCUGGUGAACUGUGUUGGCUGCUAAGAUGAGUAGGGUAGUAAUAAUUUUGAAAUCAUGUUUAAACAUAUUUUAUACCAUGAACUUAUGCUUCUCCACUAUUCUGGAAAAGCACUUAAAUGGAAUUUUCUGAUUCAGAAUUCCUAGAUGACCAAUACUUGGAGCAGUCUUUGUGUAUCCCACUUUUCCAAACAUUUAAAUGCUUCACUUAGGAAAUCAGCGUCGUUGAACGCCAGCUCCCCCAGUUUGAUUAAUAUUUACUACGUAUUGUCACCUGCAGACGUUCUGUCUACGUCCGUCGCUGCUGUUUACCGUCAGACUGUUAGACAAAUCCAAGAUCAUAUUACACCAAAUACUACUUUAAUAUAUCCUCUUCAAAGAAAACAAUUUUUGGCUGAAUCGUGGGUUACCUCUGUAAAGCUGUUGGUAGUACUAGAAUCUUCGGCACCUGGUGAGCGUACGUCAUACUCGGUAGAUUUUCAGGAAGACUUAAGAAUAGUCACUGAGUACAUAGCAAAUGGUGGGCGUUUUUUGUUGUUUCUGAACACAGUUGACGUCUACAGUUACCCUCCGCAGAGCCUGGUACAUCACGCAACACCUACAAAUGAUUGUGUGGUUAGUCUGUCUGAAGACAGUGACUCACCCUGGAAAUGGAUGCAUAAAAACUCAGUCUUAAUUGGUGGAUAUCAUUUAAAGGACCAAGACAGUAACGUGGAUGAAAUAAACCAAAGUCGGCCUGCAAUAGCUGUUCUUACUUGUGAUAAUUCACUAUCUGGUAGCCUAUCUCCAGUGCAUUUUCCUGACCCGAGUACUGUCUAUUGCUAUACCACAGAUUCAUCGAAACAGAAGGUUGUUGACUUUCUAGUCGAAGCAUCUUUGAAGAGGAAAUGUAAAGAAGAAAUCGUCCACUCUUCUAAGUUGUCUGAUCUUCCUUUAGGAUUCGGUUGGGCAGAUUACUUUUCGAACCUUUAUACUGAGCAGUUAGGCAAGAUAGUUAUUUGGGCUGAUUCAAUGGAAUCCAGCUGGGAGUUUUGUCAGAAAUUCUUUGAGAAAAUUCCUCCAUAUUCAGGCAUUUUGGUAUGCUCUAAUAUUCAAACUAAGGGAAAAGGUAGAGGUGAAAAUCAAUGGAUUAGUCCUGUUGGACAGGCUGCAUUUACAUUUCAUUUGACGUUAUCCAAUUCCAAUGGUCAAAUCUUUAUGAAUUAUGUAACGUGUAUUCAACAUAUUACAGCGUUAAGCAUAGUUCUGGCAUGUAGACAUCUAAUUGCUGAGCAUUUAGAGAUAUUGUCAAAUGAAAGUAAAUUAUCUGACAUCAGUGAGGAGUUUCUGGUCAAUCUUCAGUACCAUGGACCGAAAAUCCUUGUGAAAUGGCCGAAUGAUGUUUAUGUUGUAGAAGAUUAUGGUGAUAGUAACACUCAAGAGACCGUUUCUAAUCCUCCUCAGUUUAAUACCAUUGGAAAAUUGGCUGGUGUAUUAGUUCGUUGUCGUUUGGUCGAUCCCAGUCAUGUGGAGUUUCUAAUCGGUUGUGGUAUUAAUGCAUUCAAUAAAGUACCAACAAUAUGCCUUGAACAAGUUUUGACCCAGUGUCGUCAGUGUAGCGGAAAACCGAAAUAUACAAUUGCCAAGUUAAUUUCACUCGUAAUAAGUUAUAUGGAAGGAAUACUGAAUAAAAUUCAUGAUCCUAAUUCAAGCUAUGAUCUUGAAUGGGCACUUCAUUUAUACACGAAAUGUUGGAUGCAUACAAAUCAAAAGGUCCACCUUCAAGUUAAUUCAACUAUGAGUGCAAAUAGUGCAGAAAACCAAUGUGACCAGCGAUCUGAUGAUAAUUAUCGAAUUGUUGGAUUAGAUGCUUAUGGUUACCUUCUCAUAAAAGAUAUACGUACUGGAGCCAAGCAUAGUCUACAUCCAGAUGGUAAUUCAAUGGAUGUGAUGCGUGGUUUGAUAAUUUCGAAGUAG